AUGCUUACUUUGUGGCUUAUCAUCAUCAAUGUUGUGCUUGCUUUCGGGGCUGUUUCUCUGAACUCGUUGAUUAUUUUGACUUUCAUAAAGACAUCAUCUUUACGAGAAAAACCUUCGAACGUUCUUAUUCUUGGUCUGGCCAUCGCUGACUUAUGUGUUGGUAUCAUUGCACAGCCUCUUUCUUACAUUUACGAUAUUUCUGUUUUAAAAGGUUAUUUUGGGCUUCAAAACUCAAUACAAAUAGUAUACUUUGCAUUUUCGUUUUUCCUAUCCAUCGUGUCUUUCCUGACUUUCACAGCUAUUACUGUAGAUCGAUUCCUGGCUAUUCAUCUUCAUCUCAGAUAUCAAGCACUUGUCACAUCCAAACGUUAUGGUGUCACCCUUGCAGGAAUAUGGUUGUUAGGUUUCUCUAUGUGUUGCUUACUAUUCCAAAUGAAAAAUUCUAUGGCCAUUGUUAUACCAAUACUUUAUGUCAUUCUACUUGUGAAUGCAAUAUUCAUUUUUGAAAUUUCUCGAGUCAUCCGGCGACACUCUGUGCAGAUCCACGCCCAACAACAAUCAGUACAACAAGUACAGUCUAUAAACAUGCCCAGAUACAAGAAAUCCGUCAAUACCAUGUACUAUGUGGCCGGUGCGUUUGUAUUGUGUUAUUUUCCGUUUUUAGCAAUGAUUUCGAUUGUUGGCAUUCGUAAGUCAGGAUCACUAUCGAUAAUCCGUAUAUGGUUACCAAUUUUUAACACUUUGGCCAAGGCUGUCAGUGUUAUCGAUCCGGUUAUUUUCUGGUGGAGAAUUAAAGAAAUGCGCAGUACUGUCAAAAUAUGUAUUCGAGGAACAGGAACAAACAUGCCAAACAUCUCUUGA